GGAAAAGAAAACAAACAUAGCGUGUUUCACCACACGUACGUAAACGCCAUUGCUAGAUCGUAAUUGGAAUCUUCUCUAAGUAAUUGCACAAAUAAGGCGCAAUUCUGGGUUAUACAACUCACAUCCUCUGACAGUAAAAUUUUAACACAGACAGAAAAGUAAAAAUGGCUGAAGCAGACUGGGAAUCUGUAACGUAUCUGAGGAAAAAAGCACCAACUGCCAGUCAGGCCAAGUCAAAGCAGGCCAUUAAUGCUGCCCAGAGAAGGGGACAGGAUAUAGAAACAUCAAAGAAAUUCACUGCUGCCACUAAUAAGCAACAUUCGUCAUCCAAGGAUACAGCCAAACUGGACAGGGAAACUGAGGAGCUUCAUCAUGAGCGUAUCAGUUUGGAUGUAGGCCGGUUGGUUCAGAAAGGACGUCAAAACAAAGAAAUGACACAAAAAGAGCUUGCUACGAAGGUCAAUGAAAAACAGGUGAUUCAGGAUUAUGAAUGUGGAAGAGCCAUUCCUAAUAAUCAAGUCUUGGCGAAACUAGAGAGAGCAUUGGGUAUUAAACUUCGUGGCAAAGACAAGGGGCAACCAUUACAACCCGGACCAAUGAAGAAAAAAUAACAUCAUGCUAAUGUGGAUUAGUAUUGUCCAGCAUCAGAUACAACUCACAUAGA